GAUCAAGCCACAAGCAUGGACCCAGAUUCAAUGAGGCCAGAUAGCACAGGAGGCAAAUAUCCCCAAGGUAUGCCAGAGAGCUUUCAACCAGCUGGGGCAGGGGUCUCUCCUCCAUCCUGGCAACCCAUGAAGGUCCUCUCAGUGGCAGAGGAUGAUGCAUUUAUCAUGAAAUCUCAGAGCUGAAUUAUGGAGGUGUACUUUAUCCAUCCCCAGUCAUACCUUGUUCUAUGGUCUAAAUCUGCCAAAGUCUUUGGGUUGCAGAAGAAGAACACUGGAGUGACUGUUUUCAAUAUUUUCUCAAUCGAGCCUGUUCUAGACUCCUACCAGAGCCAGUUCCUGGUCACCUUCAGAUAUACAAUAGAUCAGGAGGAGACCAUGGAGAUGAAGACUACUUGCGACCUUCUCAGUCCAAAGAUAAAGAAGGGAAAUAACACCAUCACAGUGGAGCAGGGAGGUCAUUCCUUAGCGAUAACAUUCUGCUAUCAAGGAUAUAAUGAAGAAAACAAUGCUUUCGGAUUGCAAAACUUAAGCUUUACGCUAUUCUCUAAACCUAUAAAGGUUCAUAGGCAUCCUAGCAGUAGACCCUAUAGUAUGGAUUUUGGGGUCAAGUCACUGAAAAUAAACUCACACUCAUACAAGCCUGCCUCCAAAGCAACAUCAAGCAUGACGCUGAACACUUUCAAUGUUAUCAGUUCUAACAAAGAUAGCCAAGAUCUCAAGAAAAUUGCUUUUAACAAGUCCAAUAGAGUAAAAGAUAAAAUCUUAAAGAAGACUCCUGAAGAGCUCUGUGAUGUCAUUAAGGAUUCAAAUGGCAACUACAUUGUUCAAGAGGUCUUCAAGUUGUGCUCUCCAGAAGAGAGAAUCCUAAUUAUGAGCAAGAUCAAAGAGAAUAUUGUCGAGCUUAGCUGCCAUAAGAAGGGCACUCACUCCAUGCAGACCCUUGUGGUUGAGCUCAAGAGUGAAGUGGAAGUAAACACAUUUUUAGAUAUGCUAGCUGACCCAACAGACUCAACAGCCCUAGAACCUGAAGUUAGGAAAGUCAACGAGGAUGAACAUGAAGAAGCCUUUGAUGAAAACAAAGGGCCUUUAUAUAGCCUUUCUUCUAACUCUUAUGGUACUUUUGUGCUACAGAAGGUGGUCGACCACUUCCCAGAAGACCUGCUUAGCCCAAUCUACCAAUUCUGUGUGGAUCAUUUUGAGCAUAUGUCCACUAACAAGAAUGGACUGCCAAUCAUUAAAAAGGCUUUAGUAAAGUUCCAAUCAGGCAAACAAGCAUUCAUUAGCAUAAUUGAAAAUAUGACUAUGUUCCUUGCCCAGCAUCCAUUCGGGAACUACUCGCUCCAAGUAGCCAUAGACAGCUGGAGGCAGGAGGAUUGUAGCAAUAUUAUAGUCACAGUGCUGGACAACCUGCAGAAACUUUCAAUGCAGAAGUUCUCCAGUAAUGUCGUUGAGAAAUGAAUCGAUAAGGCCUCACCAGAGAUAAUCUCCCAAUUCCUUGAAGUUAUCAACACAAAAGAGUUCAUGAAAAUGGCUGUGAGAAAUAUGUACACCUUCUUCGUAGUUGAAUGAGCCAUCAAAAAGUCUGAUGAUAGACACAUCAAGCUUGAAAUCGCAGAAAAGAUCCAGUCUUGCGUAUUGAACAACCCAAGUGAUAAGUCACUCAAAAGGAAGUGGACAAAGCUAUAUGAGGGCAUUCUCUCAGAGCAGUAUUAGUGAGGAAUAUUCUGUUUUACUUAAAGUAUCAUAAAUCCA